CAGUCGCACUUGCGUUCAGGCAGUAGCCUAUGUGAAAGAAUGCAGAAAUGGGUGGAGUUGUUCGUUGUGAGAUUUUACUUUUUCAAACGCUCGCCAGUAGAUAUCACUUACUCUGCCUGAAGACAGAGAGAGAAGAGCACACUGUGACUUGGUUUGAACUGCACCAUUAUAAAUCAAUUGACCAAACAGUUACUUUGCGUUUCCAUUAGAUACGAGCUUUCUGUAUAGUGGUGUAUAUAUCGAAUGGAGAGCACUUCACAGAUUUGGCUGAACUUCGGAUCUCCUGUUCUCAUCUGCUCAUCCACUGAAGGUUGGUCCCUCUUGUUCUCAGUGGAAAGGUCGCUGCGGACUCGCGCCUGGCUUAGGGACCGCGUGAGAAUUGGUGAAACGCUCGAGAGUGAUAGACUUGCACCCGGUCAGGCUGAGUGAACAGGGGAGUUGUCCCGGGUCUCCCGCGCGCAUGGAGGGAGACGUAAUGGACAAGCUGGAUAGCAUGGCUGCGGUGUGUGACUUCGAUCCCAUUGCGGGAAAAAUCCCGGCAACCAAGGUGGAGAUCACAGUGUCAUGCAGGGAUCUAUUAGACAGAGACACAUUCUCCAAAUCUGAUCCAUUGGUGGUGUUGUACACUCAGGGGGUGGAGACCAAACAGUGGCGAGAGUUUGGGAGAACGGAGGUGAUUGACAAUACUCUGGAUCCAGACUUUGUCAGGAAGUACAUCUUGGACUACUUCUUUGAAGAGAAGCAGAAUCUACGCUUUGACGUAUAUGACAUUGAUUCCAAAAGUCCAGAUCUGGCAAAGCAUCCCUCCGACAUUGACGACUUCUUGGGGCAGGUGUUCUGUACCUUGGGAGAGAUUGUAGGAUCACCCGCCAGUCGACUGGAGAAACCUCUGGGUGGUAUCCUUGGGAAGAAAUGUGGCACCAUCAUCCUGUCAGCCGAGGAGUUGGGGAACUGCAGAGAAGUUGCCACCAUGCAGUUCUGUGCCCACAAGUUGGACAAGAAGGACUUCUUUGGGAAGUCGGACCCCUUUAUGGUGUUCUAUAGGAGUAAUGAAGAUGGGACGUGUACUAUUUGCCAUAAGACAGAGGUUGUGAAGAACACUUUGAACCCAGUUUGGCAGGCCAUCUCCAUCCCUGUCAGAGCACUCUGCAAUGGAGACUUCGAUAGGACAAUCAAGGCAGAGGUGUACGACUGGGACAGAGAUGGAAGCCAUGACUUCAUCGGUGAAUUCACCACCAGCUACCGAGACCUGUCCCGGGGCCAGAGCCAGUUCAAUGUGUACGAGGUGGUGAACGCCAAGAAGAAGUUCAAGAAGAAGAGAUACAUCAACUCUGGGACGGUGACUUUGCUGUCUUUCACGGUGGAGUCAGAACACACCUUCCUGGACUACAUCAAAGGAGGAACCCAGAUUCACUUCACAGUGGCCAUUGAUUUCACUGCAUCCAAUGGUAACCCGUCCCAGUCCACCUCUCUACACUACAUGAACCCGUACCAGAUGAAUGCAUACGCCAUGGCCCUGAAGGCUGUAGGAGAGAUCAUUCAGGACUAUGACAGUGAUAAGAUGUUCCCUGCUCUGGGGUUCGGGGCCAAGCUGCCCCCUGAUGGACAAGUCUCCCAUGAGUUCCCCUUGAAUGGCAACAUAGAGAACCCCUACUGCAACGGAAUGGAGGGGAUUCUACAAGCAUACCAUCAGAGUCUAAAGACUGUACAACUCUACGGACCCACCAACUUCGCUCCGGUUGUCAACCACGUGGCAAAGUACGCAGCGGCCGUACAAGACGGUUCUCAGUACUUUGUCCUGCUCAUCAUCACAGACGGAGUCAUAUCAGACAUGGCCCAGACCAAGGAGGCCAUUGUCAACGCUGCUAAGCUUCCAAUGUCUAUCAUCAUUGUUGGAGUCGGCCAAGCUGAGUUUGAUGCCAUGGUGGAGCUUGACGGUGAUGACAUCAGAAUCUCCUCGCGAGGGAAGCUGGCAGAGAGAGACAUUGUACAGUUUGUUCCGUUCAGAGACUACAUGGACCGGACAGGAAACCACGUGUUGAGUAUGGCCCGGCUAGCCAAGGACGUCCUGGCUGAGAUUCCUGAACAGCUCAUCCUCUACAUGAAGAGUAGAGGCAUCAAACCCUGCCUCCUGCCUCCACUCAAUGAGGAACCAGGCCCUGAAGACCAGGACCACGCCCAGACCACCCCUGUCUGAGCCCCAGACCUACCCCCAUCUGAGGCGCCUACCCUGGGGAAGGAGGUCGCGGUAGGAUGGGUGGUAGACUGGAUGGUGGACCCCCCUCAUGGAGGGAUGCAAAACGUAAAUGUGAAAAUGCUUACAAGGCACUUUUUUUUCUUUCUCAUGCUGAACAAAUUGAUAAGACUCCAUUUUGUUUGGCGUCGAGACUGUUUUGAGGGAAAAAGAUGAAGAUCAGGGAGUUUUCCUUUUGAGUUUCAUCUCCUGACGGAAGGGCAACGAGGGGGAUGAGAAUUGGAGAGUCACAGAGGAGGAGGAGUAGACGGGAGAAAAACAGAGCAGUGACGUAAACUAAUGUUAGACGUUGGCAGUCAGAGCUGUCAAAGUGGCGACGUAACAGGUAGCAUGUUUUAGACGGAGAGGGUGUUUUUGAGUACAUUAAUUAUUAGAGCGUGCCAGUUUGCAUCACGUUUGUGUAUAUGAUACAUUCUAGAGUGGUGGUGUAUGUUGGACUAAGGCAUCACCUGUAUAAUGUCCUAUCUAUUGUAAGAAACUACAGCAUCUAUUCAUGUUGGGGAUAAUAUUUGUUCUUUUAUUAUUAUUUAUUAAUAUUUUACCAUCACGCUUUUUUGGGGGGAGGAGGGGGAUCAAUGCUAUAAAUGAUUGUUAAUUUAUACUUUGAAGAGUACUGUAAUAUAAAGCAUGUGGUAGAUAGAAACUAUCCAACUGUUUAGGAAUAGUUGUAAAAGAUCCAGAUGAAUGCUUUUACCUUUUGGAUUGUGACAGUUUGUUUACACAGAUGAUCGGAUGUUUGUAUGAUCGUUUAACGUCAGGCACCCUGUACAAGACAUACUUACCCUAUAUAUUUACAAUAGGCAUCAACAAAAUGCACUAACAGUCCAAAUAAAAAGCACAAAGGUCAUAUUCAAUACAUAUAUUGAUCAAGUGAAAUAUAUACCACAAUUAUAUACUAGCGACCAACAGUUACCCCUCAAAGACAAUGGAAAGGAUUGCACAGCAACAAAAUGUCUUCCAGUUCUAGAACGUUGUCAUGAAUGAGAAUGAAUCUAGAAUCUAGUUUACUUCACAUUCUGCGUUAUUAUUGUUUACACAUCCCCUCGUACAACGACCAGAGCCACAUCUUCAAAAGGCAUAGUAUGUCCAUAGUAUUAGUAUGCAGCGAUGUAUGUCGUCUAGCUAGCUGCAUUCACACAUAUAUUGGUUGGUAUAAUCCUUCUCGUUGUAUUUUGUAUAAUCCUUCUCGUAUGAUGUUGUUGAUUCUGUUUGAUUCUUUCUUUAACCUCUGCACACCGUGCCAUGGAAAUUCUUAGUGUAUAUAGAGCACAGAGAAGGCAACAGAUGUUGAUGAAACACCUUUUGAUUACUAGAAACAAACUUGGUUUACCCUUUUAUCAGUGGAUGAAUUGUCAGAGUAGAGGACCUUGUGCAUUUCAGGUAAAAUAACAAUCCAAUGUUUAUAUCCCAGGACAAAUUAGUUAGCAACAGCAAGCUAGCUAGCUAAAUUGCUAUGAAUGUUUAAUGCUUUUCAAACUGUCCCCAAAUUAAUAGAGUUGGUUCAAACUUCGUUUUGAAUAUUUCAAACUGCGUGUCAUGAUCGCUCGCGUCUGGUGUGGAUAGACAAGAUCAACAUGCACGAUGGCGUACUCGGACAAACGCGCGUGCCCGGUCUAGUCAGCAUGUAAGAAGUCAUUAAAAUGGAGUCGAUAGAAACAGUAACUGCAUAAAGAGCAGUUGAUACAGUGUACAAUCUAUUUUACUCACUUCAUCUGGACUACUGAUACUGAUUUCAAACUUGCUGCCAGGGAUGUAUUGCCAUCUUUAAUUUAAGUUGUUGAUAUAUAUGUGACCGACUGGGGUUCAAAUCUGGGUUUCCUAUACACCACAAGACUGUGUUAGCCCGCUGAGAUAAAGCAGUUAGCUCAAGUAGCCAACGCAAGUCUUCAAGUUUCGGACAAGGUUACUCAUCGUGUGUGCGUUGUUCCAAAACACAUUUGACGUUUUUUGUCAUUUAGCAGACGCUCAAGAGCAAUUAUUGACAGCUUUUUCACCUAGUCGGCUUGGGGAUUCGAUUCCAGCGUCAUUUAGGUCUCUGCCCCAACGCUCUUAACUGCUAGGCUACCUGCCGCCCUGUUAUAUCUAGUCACGUUUAAGUUGUUGAUGUAGUUCCAUGUUUAAGUUAUUGAUGUAGUUCCACGUUUAAGUUGUUGAUGUAGUUCCACGUUUAAGUUAUUGAUGUAGUUCCAUGUUUAAGUUAUUGAUGUAGUGCCACGUUUAAGUUGUUGAUGUAGUUCCAUGUUUAAGUUGUUGAUGUAGUGCCACGUUUAAGUUGUUGAUGUAGUUCCAUGUUUAAGUUGUUGAUGUAGUUCCAUGUUUAAGUUGUUGAUGUAGUUCCAUGUUUAAGUUGUUGAUGUAGUUCCAUGUUUAAGUUGUUGAUGUAGUUCCACGUUUAAGUUGUUGAUGUAGUUCCAUGUUUAAGUUAUUGAUGUAGUGCCACGUUUAAGUUGUUGAUGUAGUUCCAUGUUUAAGUUGUUGAUGUAGUUCCAUGUUUAAGUUGUUGAUGUAGUUCCAUCUUUAAGUUGUUGAUGUAGUUCCAUGUUUAAGUUGUUGAUGUAGUUCCAUGUUUAAGUUGUUGAUGUAGUUCCAUGUUUAAGUUGUUGAUGUAGUUCCAUGUUUAAGUUGUUGAUGUAGUUCCAUCUUUAAGUUGUUGAUGUAGUUCCAUGUUUAAGUUGUUGAUGUAGUUCCAUGUUUAAGUUGUUGAUGUAGUUCCAUGUUUAAGUUGUUGAUGUAGUUCCAUGUUUAAGUUGUUGAUGUAGUUCCAUGUUUAAGUUGUUGAUGUAGUUCCAUGUUUAAGUUGUUGAUGUAGUGCCAUGUUUAAGUUGUUGAUGGAUUGUCAUAUUUAUGUUCUUGCCAUAUUGCCAUUUUGAAGGAAUAGUUUCUUGAGCACACAACGGAGCAGCACUGUCUCUGUCUUUUCCGUCCCGUAGACACACCAGAAGGAUAACAUUAUUGUCUUUUCUACAGUGGAACGACGUGCUUAGUUUCUUCUUCAAUGUGUUUAAAACAAACAUGAAAUUGCCACUAUGCCAAUGCAGUCCUACAAUAUACAGUACGCCCUAAGUGGUGCGUUCAGCAAGCCCAUUAUUUACUCACAGAUAGAUCACAGUAAUCCAAUAUCUCUAUCCAAAUGUGCCUAUAGUACUGAAACUCCUGCAUAUCCUGAUUACAUUUCCCUUAUGUUAUUUUGUGAGCAACAGUUCCCUUCCCAUAUUGUAUUAUUGAACAUAUGAUUCCUAAUGCCUAGAAUGAUAACUGUUUCAUAUGUACAGUAUAGCCAACUGAACAAAAAAAAAGAUUGACUAAGUAUUAUCAUUGCAUCUGCAACAACAUACUUACUGUAUGUUCCUUAAAGUUUGCUAUUACACUUUCGUAUUGAAUGAGAACAAUGCACGCAUCAAAUCUAUUUUACAAAUGUAGUGACAGUAUACUGCAUGUAUGGCAAAAAAAAGUCAACACUUGUUUACAAUUGAAUCAGAUGUAGGAUCUUAAUUUGAGCCAGUUUGCUACUGCAAGAAAAUAGUCAUGCAGCAACAGGAAAUGUGAAUUAAUAUGUGGAUUCUAAUAUACUUCUAGGGGAUGAUACAUUUUUCAUCAAGACUUCAGAAGCCUUUUUAAACCUCAAACGUUCUCCUGCAACAGGGCGAUCAAAUUAAGAUCCCACCUGUAUAUUUACAUUGCCUCAAGGUAUGAGCAAAUAUUCAUACUAAAGGAAGGAUGUUAUCUUUAUGUAAAGUUUGUUUUGAAUCUGUUCACUUAUUUGUUCUCAUUUAUUUUAGUUGUGAGGGAAAGUGAAGGUUGGUUAUAUUCCCCCCAUGUACAUAGACACUGUGAUUAGAAAAUACAUGACUAAUAGUAGUUAAUGAAAGUGAGGGUUUAUUGUUAUUUUUUAAUAAUAUUUGGUUAAAAUAUUUUUGUGUAUGGUUAGCAAAGCAAUUGAGAGAGAUGAUGCGUUUCAAAAUAACCUUUAAAACGAACUCCACUGGAGUCUGAGAUAUUAACAUAAGCCCCACAUGAAGACGACUUGGUAUCCAAAAGAUGUUCAGUUUGAAAUGAACCUCUUAGAUAAUGUGCAUGUUUGUGCCAAAAUGGCAACACGUUUGGUGGUCCCUGCUCCUCAACUCACCUUACUGAUGGCCUGUGAUAGGCAGGGACUCCCUGAGUGAGCCAUUUGUUGCGUAUGACGAUGAGGAUGAUACUGUAUCUACAAUAGAAACGGCAGACACGUAGCAUGUUGCAUCCAUGUUUUUCCCUCAUAUUUAGUUCCUUAAAUAGGUCAUGUUUUUGCUUCCCCUGGUCGCUAUUUAAACCAUGACCUAGGGUGUUUACAGCCUAGAAAUAGAAUGACAUGUCAUCCUAUGUCAUUGUAUAUCUAUGCUUUACAGUGUGUACCUCCCUCUUGGUCUCUGGUUUGCAUGCUGAUAAUGAAUAAUUAUUUUCCAAACCAGACAUUGGACAUAAUUGUUGUCAUUUCUGUGGUUUGUGAAAUGCUUUGUAAUGGAUUGCCUUAAUAAAGUGACUGAAGAUUAAUGAAAUAAUAAUAGUUGAAUGUAAGAGUG